CAAGAUUUAUCGCAACCUUAACAAGCUAAUUAAGCAAUAAAAACAUCCAAGGCAAAACUCUAAGCUCCCAACCAGAAGAUGAAAGUUGUUAAUUUCCUUGUAGCUCUUGCAGUCUUGGCUUUGGUUUUCUCCUCUGCCAUUGCCUAUGAUCCCAGCCCUCUCCAAGACUUCUGUGUUGCAAGCAAUGGCUCCGAUUCUGCUGUGUUUGUGAAUGGAAAAUUCUGCAAGGAUCCAAAUCAUGCGACGGCAGAUGAUUUCUUCUUUUCUGGACUUAAUAUGGCUGGAAACACCUCAAACCAACUUGGAGUGCAUAUCAAUAUCAUAGAUGCUGAUGUGAUCCCAGGACUUAACACAAACGGUAUAACAUUAGUACGUAUUGAUUUUGCAGCCAAUGGUGGCCUAAACCCACCACACAAUCACCCUCGGGCUGCCGAGCUACUUACAGUCUUGGAAGGAACAGUCUAUGCUGGUUUUGUCACAUCUAAUCCUGAUCAUCGCCUUUUCACCAAAGUUCUAAAGCCAGGAGAUGUGUUUCUAUUUCCAUUUGGGCUGAUUCACUUCCAGUUGAAUAUUGGAAAAACCCCAGCAGUUGCAUUGGCUGUAUUAACUAGCCAAAAUCCAGGAGUCGAUACAAUAGCAAAUGCAGUUUUUGGAUCCAAUCCACCCAUUAAUCCUGAUGUUCUAACAAAGGCAUUCCAUCUAGACAAAAAUCUGGUGAGCAAGCUUCAAAAACAAGUGUGGGUGGAUCCAUCAGAAUAGCUAUAAUUAGUGGAUAUAUAUGUGUGUGUGUGUGUGGCAGUUAAUUUCCUCAUUCUACCAUCUUAUCUGCAAUUGUAAUAAAGAGGAUGCCCUGCUCCCGCCGCUAGCUAGUGAUUUUGUGUCAUUUUGAUAUUCCUCUCAAAGUUGCACUGUAACAAGUCUGACUAUGCUUAUGUGACCAAAUACUCCUACGCACUGAACUAAAGCUCAGUGCUAUAAGAGAAAAAGUCAUUAUUUUGUGAAAGUGAUUCAAAAUAAAAACAUAUGAAUAGUGUUAUUUA